AUGCCCCGCCUGCAGUUUCUGGAGCCCAUCCAGAUGCUUCUGAAGAUGCUGGUUGACCCAGCCUUGCAGGGGAAAAGGAGAAGAUUCAAGGCCGAGGGAGUGGUGACCUCCCCCUGCUGGCAGCUCACUGUGAAGAUCCUGGAGGCACGAAACCUGCCCUGGGCUGACUUGUUAAGCGAGGCUGACCCAUACGUGAUCCUGCAGCUGUCCACUGCACCUGGAACUAAGUUUAAGACCAAGACGAUCACCAACUCUGACCACCCUGUAUGGAAUGAGACUUUCACCUUCUGUAUCCAGAACCAGGUCAAGAAUGUUCUGGAACUGAGAAUCUAUGAUGAGGACUCAAUCAAACAGGAUGAUCUCCUCUUUGAGUUUCUCUAUGAUGUCUCAGAAGUCCUUCCUGGCAAGCUACUCCAGAAGACCUUCACUGGGAGUCCCAUGGUGAGUGAGGAACUGGACGUGGAGUUCCUGGCAGAGAAAAUAUUGGACCUCCCAGAGAACCUCAUCACCAACAACGUGCUUGUGGCUCGAGAACUGUCAUGCCUGCAUGUGCAUCUGUACAGCACUGGAAGCGUGGUCAGGACCCCAGAGCAGGAAAAACUGCAGCUGGAACUGGUGCUGAAGGGGUCAUAUGAGGAUACACAGAUACUGACCUUGGGUUCAGCCUCCACCUUCCUCUUCUACUACCUGACAGCCCAGGAGACAGAGCUGAGCGGACGUGUACGGAGCUCCACAGACAAUGGCUGGAACUCACCAAGCUUAACUGACCAGUUUACUGUACCUUUGAAGCCCUUGACCAAGGGAAAGGAGAUGACCAUUGGUGUUCCUGCUCCGUAUGCCCCAGGAGUGAGGCUACAGCUUAAGGCAAAGAGCUGCCCCAAGGAUCUGGCUGUGCACCUGGGCUUCAACUUGUGUUCAGAGGAGCAGGCCUUCCUGAGUAGAAGGAAGCAGGUGGUGGCCAAGGCCUUGAAGCAGGUCCUACAGCUGGAGGAAGACCUGCAGGAGGAUGAGGUCCCUGUCAUAGGCAUCAUGGCUAUCGGAGGUGGUGCCAGGGCUAUGACCUCACUCUACGGCCACCUGUUUGCCCUGCAGAAGCUGGGCCUCCUGGACUGUGUGACCUAUUUCAGUGGCACCUCAGGCUCUACGUGGACAAUGGCUCAUCUGUACGGGAAUCCUGAGUGGUCACAGCAGGACCUCCAGGGACCCAUCCAGUACAUGCAGGAGCAUAUGGCCAAGAGCAAGAUGGAGGCCUUCUCCUCAGAGCGCUUGAGGAGCUACCACCAGGAGCUGAACCUGCGGGCCCAACAGUGGUACUCCACCACCUUUGUGGACCUGUGGGCCCUUGUGCUAGAGAACAUGCUGCAUGGUCAGGAGGUGCAUCAGACAUUAUCAGGACAGAGGGCUGCAUUGGAGCAGGGCCAGAACCCUCUGCCACUCUACUUGAGCCUCAACGUCAAGGAGAACAAUCUGGAGACACUCGACUUCAAGGAGUGGGUUGAGUUCUCCCCCUAUGAGAUUGGGUUCCUGAAGUAUGGGGCCUUCAUCCCCUCUGAGCUCCUGGGCUCUGACUUCUUCAUGGGACGGCUGAUGAGGAAGCUCCCUGAGUCUCGGAUCUGCUUUCUGGAAGCUGUCUGGAGCAACAUUUUCUCCCUGAACUUGUUGGAUCUCUGGCAUAGCCUCACCAGCUCUGAAGAAGCCUGGAAACAGCACAUCAAGGAGAAGAUGAGGAAUAUAGAGAAGGAGUCUUCUGUCUCAGGGACCUCCUCAUAUCUAGACACCUCAUGGUUGCAGCCAGGAACAGCUCUGGCCCAGGCUUUCAACGGCUUUUUGAAAAGUAGGCCGCUUCAUCAGCGCAGCCCUAACUUCCUCCAUGGCCUCCAGCUGCACCAGGACUAUCGUGGUCAGAAAAACUUCUCUACCUGGGCAGACUGCCAACUGGACUGUACCCCAAGUCAGCUGACCCCCCAGGAGCCCCAGCUCUGCCUCGUGGACACUGGCUACUUCAUCAACACCAGUUGCCCCUCCAUGUUCCGACAAGGCCGCAGCCUGGACCUCAUCCUCUCCUUCGACUACUCCUUGUCCUCCCCCUUUGAGGUGUUGCACCAGACGGAGCUGUACUGCCGUACCCAGGGACUGCCCUUCCCCCGUGUGAACCUGAGCCCGCAGGACCUCCACCAGCCCAGAGAGUGUCACCUUUUCUCAGACCCAGACUGCCCUGAGGCUCCUGUCCUGCUGCACUUCCCACUGGUCAAUGUCUCCUUCAAGGACUACUCAGACCCUGGUGUCCGGCGCAGCCCUGCAGAGCUCCAGGCUGGUCACUUGGAUCUCUCCGAGGCCACCUCGCCCUAUUCCUUUUUCAAUAUGACAUAUAAGGAGGAAGACUUCGACCGCCUGCUUCGCCUUAGUGACUACAAUGUGCGGAACAGCCAGGAUGCCAUCUUGCAGGCCUUGAGGAUGGCACUGAAGCACCAUGCCUUGGGGACCAAGCCUCCAAGGGUGCAUAUGUGA